CUUUGGUUCAUUCAUCAGUGAAACUCUAAUAUCAUGGCAAUUCUAGCCACUGAAACUCACAUCUUGGUCUUCCCGUUCCCAGCACAAGGACACAUGAUCCCUCUCCUUGAUCUAGCCCACAAGUUAGCCAUCCAUGGUCUAACCAUAACCAUUUUGAUCACCCCCAAUAACCUCCCUCUCUUGAACCCUCUCCUCUCUCUCCACCCUUCCAUCAAAACUCUAGUCCUUCGUUUUCCUUCCCACCCAUCAAUCCCAUCUGGAGUAGAAAACGUCAAGGACAUGCCUUCAGGUCCUGUCCAUACCAUUUCCAUGAUGUGUGCCCUUGCUGAGCUUUACGAUCCUUUGCUAUGCUGGUUCAAGACCCACCCUUCACCCCCAGUCGCCAUAAUAUCUGAUAUGUUUCUUGGCUGGACCAACCAUUUAGCCAGCCAGCUCAACAUUCGCAGGAUUGUGUUCUCUCCUUCAGGUGCCAUGGCUUUGUCUGUCAUUUAUUCCCUCUGGCUCGACAUGCCUAAGAGAAAUCAAAAUGAACUGGUUUCUUUUUCUAGGAUUCCAAACUGUCCACAAUGUCCUUGGCUUCAGAUUUCCACUCUUUAUCGCACCUACCUUGAAGGAGGCACAGAUUCAGAGUUCAUCAAAGAUUCCCUUUGUGCUAAUCAAGCGAGUUGGGGUCUUGUUGUGAACUCGUUCACUGAGUUGGAAGGUGUUUAUUUGGAUCAUUUGAAGAAGGAUUUUGAUCAUCGUGAUAAUGUGUGGGCAGUGGGACCUUUGCUCCCUCCUCCUGGGUCCAUAGAAAGAGGUGGGCCCAGCUCUGUUCCUGUGCACGUUGUACUGACGUGGCUUGACAGGUGUGAAGAUCAUAAGGUGGUUUAUGUGUGUUUUGGGAGUCAAACUACAUUGACCAAUGAUCAAAUGAAAGAGCUUGCUUCGAGUUUGGAGAGCAGCAAGGUUAAUUUCAUAUGGUGCGUCAGGGAAGAAGCCGUGAAAGGACACAGCAAAAUCCCAUCUGGGUUCGAAGAUCGCGUGGCUGGGAGAGGACUCAUAAUAAGAGGGUGGGCUCCACAGGUAUUGAUUCUAAACCACCGAGCUGUGGGUGCGUUCUUGACUCACUGUGGUUGGAACUCGGUCCUUGAAGGGCUAGUCGCCGGCGUUCCAAUGCUUGCAUGGCCUAUGUGGGCUGACCAAUUUAUGAAUGCUCGUCUGUUGGUGGAUGAGUUGAAAUUGGGUGUAAGGGUGUGUGAAGGAGCAACAACCGUGCCAAACUCGGUAGAGUUGGCACGUGUUAUAAAGGAAUCAGUGAACGAAAACCGAGUUAACAGAGAGAGAGCCCAAAAGUUGAGCAGUGUGGCAGUGGAUGCUAUUAAAGAUGGUGGUGGGAGUUCUGUGAAGGAUUUGGAAAUGUUGGUGCAGAGUCUGAUUAAUUUGAAACUGCAGCCGAAUAAUUUACGAAACUCAAUGUAGAAACAAUGGUUAAAUUGUAAUUUGCUUAUGUUUCCUUCUGAAUGUUUUUCCCACUUCUCAUAAAGAACGAAUGAGUGUAUGGGCCUGGUGGAAUCAGUUGAAAGGAAAAGUCGUAGAUGUUUUCAAUUA